AUGCCGCCGCGAUGGCGCGAGCCGAGGACGGACGCGAGCGAUGACGCGUUGGCGAGCGAGUUGUUCGACGCGUUACGGGACGAGGGAGUGUUGGGAUACGCGAACGUGGACGAUAUAUUGGGACAGGCGAGGUUUGAGGGCGAGGACGCGUUCACGCGGGAGUUUGCGGAGUCGCGGCGGGCGGCGACGACGAGCGGGAAGAGCGAAUCGCCGGACGCGCUGGGUGGGUCGUUUACGCCCGCGUUCGGGACGCCCGAUCGCGUGCGUUUGCGAGAUGCGACGGGUUUCGGGGUCGGUGAUGCGAUGGGUGAGCCACGGGUCGGAGUCGCGCACGCGGGGGCGAGCGCGUCGACGGCGAGAUACGAUCGAGACGCGGCUGAGGCUUCAAUGCAGGCGGCGGCGAAAUACGUAAUCGAAGCGCGCGCGUCCAUCGCGGAUGCGCGCGCGAGUUUAAGAGCCAGGGGAGAUGCGAGCGCGAGAGAUGAGGUAGAUGCUAUGUAUUCGACGCCGAAAGCGUCGACGAGCGCUCGGAAGACGCCCGCGGGACAGACGCCGACAACGCCAUCCGCGCAGACGCCUGGAGAGCGAGAGCAAAAGGGCCUGCGGCAUUUUAGCAUGCGCGUGUGCGAGAAAGUGGAGGAGAAGAUGCACACGUCGUAUAAUGAGGUGGCAAAUGAGCUCGUGGAGGAGCUCAGGCUCGCGGCGCAGCAGGCGAACACGGAGUUUGAUGAGAAGAACGUGCGGCGCCGCGUGUACGACGCGCUCAACGUGAUCGAGGCUGUGGGCAUAAUCACGAAGAAGAAGAAGGAGAUUUUCUGGAGCGGCUACCCGCCGGGAUGCAUGAAACCCGGGGAGCUACCCCCGAAGAGGGCCGGAACGACGGGAACGCCCGAGGCUACAACGCCGAGGACGGCUGCGCCGACCUGGGCGACGAGUGAGGCCGGAAUCGAAGAGUUCGAGAAGAAGGUGAACCAUCUUGCAGAGCUCGUGGAGCAACACGACGCCAUCAUCGCGCUCGUCGAUCGUAACCGCGAAGCAAUGGCGAAGUCGAACGGUGCGCCGAUAACGGGCAUUCAACUCCCAUUCAUUUUGAUUCAAACCAAGGCGGACGCAGAGGUGGACGUAGAAAUUUCAGAGGAUCAAAGACACGUGCAUCUGGACUUCAACCAGACGCCGUUUCAGAUCCACGACGGAUUCCACGUCUUGACAAAAAUGAUCAAACAGCAUCCGAUCCGCAUCCCGAGAGAAGACGCGGGUCCGAGUGGGUUGGACACGACCGGUAAGUCGACGGAGACGAACGAGGAGCCGGCAGUCAAGCGCAAAACAACAGCCGCGUCGCCACUCGAGGAGAACACCGGGGUUACAGGGAAGCGAACAAAGAAGAGUUGA